AUGACAACCCUGCACUGUGGGUAUUUAUCUUCUGAGAACAAAAAAGACCAGUGGCUAACUGCAUUAGAUCUCCCCCCUGUGAAGCCCUCGGCCAUUGCUCUGGGUACCUUCUUCACCCACACGGCCUCCUUGGGAAUUUUGGCCCCUCUGUUUGGGGAUACCUACCACCGAGCCCAGGCCGCGAACUCGAAGGAAGAGUUCAUCAAGUCCAAGGAAGCCGCCGGUGCCGCUGCCGCAUGGGGUAGCUCCCUAGCCGGAAGUGCCGUGCAGACUUACGGCGUCGCUGCACUGAUCAACGCCACCGGUACUCUUAGCUACAAGGGUGCUGCCUACCUCGGUACUUUGAUCUUCUUCGCUAGCUCUGCUCCCAGUUUUGUCAGCCAGAUAUUCGCUGAGAAGCGACCCUUGGACACAGUAGCAGUUGGUGCUGUUAGUCGAGUCUUUGAGACGGUCGGCCUGAGUUUGUUCUUGACCUGGUGGGGAACCCGUACCAAUCCGUUCGACUAG